AUUUCCGAACUCAUUAGGAACAGUUGGUUUUUAAACACUGGAUGGUUUAGUCAGCCUUCUUCGUCUAGACUUACACUCUGGAGAGCUCAUCAGCAAUUAACGUCAACUUCGCAAGGACUCUCAUCUUAUGUUGAAGAAUAACCGCUACACAAUUAUUUGAAAUGAUUUUCAAAUGGUGUGCGUUUCUGUUCUAUUUCGUGUUCAUUUCGAAAGGCGUUUUGUCAUAUAUUUUCAUGAACGAAAGUUGUGGAGUCGAUCAGUUUGAAAGGUUUCUAUCAUUGGACGGAUUUAUCUUUGACACCUAUACGUUAGGAAGUCAUAAAGAGAUUAAUUACUUGGCAUGCGCUGUGGAUUGCUUCUACAAUGUGAAUUGUCUGUCGGUAGUGUUUGAUGAACAAACGUCUUCGUGUUCUAAAUACUUCACUCACAUGAAGGACUCCUAUCCCAGAAGACCCAGCAGCACAGCAUCGUACCUGCAACUGAAGGAUCCAGACAACUGUGCAGACAUUGUCGUUCCAUGCGUUACCAAUGCCGUUUGUCUGAACAAACGUCAAAACGACGCGUGCGUAUGCAAACCGGGUUUCACAGGUGAUGGCCAAACCUGCUCAGACGUAAACGAGUGUAUAACGGGAUCCAACGACUGUGACGUAAAUGCAGACUGCACCAACAUUGUCGCGUCCUACUUGUGUGCGUGUAAACCAGGCUUCAACGGUGACGGAAAGACAUGUACAGACGAGAACGAGUGUACAACGGGAUCCAACACCUGUGACUCCAAUGCAGACUGCACUAACAGUGUGGGUUCCUACUCUUGUGCGUGUAAACCAGGCUUUAACGGUGACGGAAAGACAUGUACAGACGUGAACGAGUGUAUCACGGGAUCCAACGACUGUGCCACAAAUGCAGACUGCACCAACAUUGUCGCGUCCUACUCGUGCGCGUGUAAACCAGGUUUCAAUGGCAACGGAAAGACAUGCACAGACAACAAUGAGUGUAGUACUUCCAACGCCUGUCACGCGAAAGCCAGCUGCGCCAACACUUACGGGUCUUACACGUGCCGCUGUAAACAUAUGUAUGAAGGGAACGGAGUGAACUGCAUCCUUGGCAGAAUCAAAGGACAAACAUGUACACAGGCUUCAGGCUGCAUCCGUAGUAACUUCAUCUGCUCCUCCGGCCUCUGCGACUGUGACAUUGGCUACAGCUAUGACGGCACCUCCAACACCUGCGUCAUCAGGUGCGACAACUACGGCAGCGACUUCAGUCAUCAAUCAACCACCUACUGCAUAACCGGCUACAAUGACGCAAUUUACGACGUCAGCACCUUCACCGAAUGCAGACAGUACUGCUUGACCACCUCCUCCUUCACCUGCAGGACCUUCGAACUCUGGAACGGCGCGUGUUACCUCUCAUCAGCUGUUAAAACCGAGGUUCCGGACUCGAAAUGGGCUGUGUGGACCGGGUGCAAAUAUUACCAGCGUCAGUGUGCUUAGUGUGCCCAAGGACGAGAUCACUCACAGACUCACACGUACCUUAUUCUGUUUGUUUCCUACUUUGUAAAGUCCAAUUGGAACAGUGAGUGAGUGAGUGAGUUGGGUUUAACGCUACUUUU